AUGCAGACUCCUGACAGCAGUCUCUCCUGCAGGACGGAGAAGGACAAGUCCAGUCCGAGUCCGUACCUGCAGGUCCACAGCCAGGGCCUCGUGGUCUAUAAGACGGACCAAGUGGUCUACAGCACCUGCAGGAUGCACGUCUACAAGUUCCCCUUCGACACUCAGAGCUGCAACCUGUCCUUCAGGUCUAUCCUGCUCAGCGACAGAGAGAUCCAGCUGAGGUCUCACAGCGGGUCUCUGAUGACACGGUGGUCUCAGCAGGUGAUGAGGACUCAGUACGAGUGGGUCUUACUCAACAUCACCGUCUCCAAGUCCACAGGGGCCCUCUUCAACUACCCCCAGGAGACCAUCACCUACACUAUCACCAUGAAGCGUCGCUCGGUCCUCUACAUCGUGAACUUCCUGCUCCCUGUGGUCUUCUUCCUGAUCCUGGACUUGGCCUCGUUCCUGAUGUCGGACACUGGGGGAGAGAAGCUGGGAUUUAAGAUCACCAUCCUCCUGGCAGUGACUGUGAUGCAGCUGCUGCUCAACGACAUCCUGCCCUCCUCCUCCAAUCGCAUCCCCCUCAUCGCUGUGUUCUGUAUCGGAGUGUUCUCUCUGAUGCUGCUGAGUCUCCUGGAGAGCAUCCUGGUCCUGUUUCUAAUCAGAAAAGACCAGAAAAGGGAGCAGGACCUGAAGAGGACCAUCACUCAACUCCAUGCCAGAUGCGAGGAGCUACGGACUUUGCUGAAGAAAAGACUCUGCUUCACUCUGAGGAUGCUGCUCAUACUCCAGCUCCUGCUUCUGUCCGGGGCAGUUCUGUGCCACGAGAACUGUACAUACCAGGAGCUUCUUGAGCACCUGGGCCUCACCAGUAAUGACAAGAAGGAUCUGUUGACGCUGAGUCCUCCGGUGAAGAACACUUCGUCUGCGCUGAAGGUGGAUCUGCACUUCAGACCCAGAGCCAUCCUGGGGGUGCGCGAGAUUGAGCAGACGUUCAUCUCCGACACGUCCAUUGAAUUGUCCUGGGAGAACGAGCACCUGAAAUGGAAUCUGUCGUCCUUCUGUAACAAGGACAGGAUCACGGUACCAUCUGAGCUGCUAUGGAAACCAGACCUGCGCAUCCUGGAAAUGGUGGAGAAAGACAAGACUCCGCCCAGUCCCUUCCUGGUCCUCAAGAGUACUGGUCAUGUGAUGAUGAACCAGGACCAGGUGAUCGUCAGCUCCUGCAGGAUGCACGUCUACAAGUUCCCCUUCGACAUGCAGAGCUGCAACCUGUCAAUCAAGUCCUUCGUUCACUCCAGCAGUGAGCUGGUCCUGGAAAACACGGCCUCAGAAGACCUCAUGAAAGAUUCCAUCCGGUCUCAGAUGCAGAACGAGUACGAGUGGCUUUUUGAGGACAUCAAGUUCGAAAACACAAGCUCUAAUGGCAUGAACGAACCACAGAGUGUGUUGGUCUACAUGGUCACAGUGCGGCGGCGAUCUGCCCUGUACGUGGUAAACUUCAUCCUUCCGAUCCUCUUCUUCCUGUUUCUGGAUUUUGCAUCAUUCCUGAUGUCAGACACAGGGGGCGACAAACUGGGAUUUAAGAUCACCAUCCUCCUGGCAGUGACUGUUCUGCAGCUGCUGCUCAACGACAUCCUGCCCUCCUCCUCCAACCGCAUCCCCCUCAUCGCGAUCUUCUGCCUCGGUGUGUUUUGGCUCAUGAAGCUCAGUCUGUUGGAGACCAUCGUGGUCAUGUACCUGCUGGAGCAAGACAAAAAGUCACAGAGGAACCAGCAGACAGAGGACACCCAUGUGCUGAAGAAGAACAGGUGUGUGUCGUGUCUCUGUGAGGAACAUGCUGAGGAACAGGAGCACACGGAGGAAACCCAGGACCACACUCUCUCCCCGGCGGGUGGAGCAUCAGGCGAGCAGCGGCUCCUGUUUGAGCUCCAUCAUGUGUGCAGUGUGCUUGCUCAGGCUGCAGGGGGCAACAGCGAGCAGGACGAGGGCUACUGGAGCUCCAGGGUCCCACGCAUACACAAAGUCUUUCUCUGCGUCUACAGCACCUGCACCUGUGUGUUCCUGGGGGUCAUCUUCUACCGUUGGGUGAACUGA